GACCAGAUUCAUGGAGAGAUGGGAGAGUUACUCUUUUCGGAAGAAAUUUUUGGAGAAAGAGUGAAUCGACCAUUUUAUACAACACUCGGACCCAGAAUUGGACCAAGCGAUUAGAGCAAUAUACCCGGUGGAUGGAAGGUGGAAAACCUUUAAGAGUAGCAUGUUGCGGGUCUUUGCCUGCGAUGAUUUGAUCCCGACGAUAGAAGGGCUACGACAGGUAUCGAGAGGGGAGCAAGAGAGCCUCGUGAUGUUCACCAGGAGAUUCAAACGCCUAUCCCAACCCUUAGUGGAUAGGGGGAUGUUGUCAGAGGUGGACCGGUGCGUUAUGUUUAUGCUACACCUACCCGAGGAGAAGAGGAAAGAGGUCUUGGAAAGGGUACCUAGGGACUCGACCAGCUUUGAGAAAGUCGCCGAGGUGGUCUUCACGGGAGGAGGGGUAGACGUUCGAGAAUACAUGAAAAAGAGCCUAGACCUGGCCCUCCAAAGCGUACGCACUCAGAGAAAUGAUGGUCCACGAGAAGGCGAUAGGCCACCACUAGGGCAGUCCGGCCCGCGCUGGGGAGGAGGACCGACAAGCUGGAGGAACGAGUCCGGGGAAGGAAACCAAGGGAACUGGAGCAAUGACCAUGAAGUUGGGGGGAAUCGCGGUUCCGAGUGGAGGGGUUCCCAUUGGAAAGACGCUAGAGAUGGGCGGUGGGAAGAUCCUCCUCAGCCCAAAGCCACGGGGCCUAGGCCGGAGGGGAAUCAAGCAAGAGUUCCGCCUCCGCCCAGUUCCUCCACGGGCAUGGGAACUACGUCUCAAGGGGGGCCUCGACCUAACAAUCCCCAGCCGCAGAGUGGGUGUGUCUAUUGCAAUGAGGAAAGACACAUCAAACGAGAGUGUCCAUAUCUCACCGAAGCCCUGAGGUUGGGAGUGGUGAAGUUAAAUGAGAACAAGUGGGUGGUGAGGGGAGAUGAUGGAGAGGCCGUCUCCUUCUACCCCUCGAUGAAGAUAAACGUGGACGAAAGAAUCACCCUGCAAGAGGCGAGGCUAGGAAAGAAAACCGAGGUCGGCGGGACUGCCAGCUCAUCCCGCGUUCAAGUGACGGAGUCGCCGGGUGGUGUAGCCAUAAGGGAACCACAAGUCUUUAGCAUCAAGCUCGUAGAGACCAAGCCCAAAGAAGAGGGACCAUGUCUAAGAGUAAGGACUCAAGUAGGAGCAGGAUCGUCUAAAAGCAAGGACGUUCCGGCGGUGGAGGGAGGAAAAGUGCGGACGACGAGCAACCGAUGGUCGAUGCGAAAGCCAUGCAGGAAAGGAAAGGAGAAGAACCUACGUCACCAAAAUCUCCGAGGAAAAGAGGUCCAAAGAAGUUCGAGAUGAAGUGCACCCUGGACGAAAUAGACACGGUUGCGCCCCUGCGGAAGACUCUAAUGCAGCCAAUGCAG